AUGGAAGUAUUCCAUUUUCUGUGUCUGUGCAACAGAGGGAUGGGAUUGAGUAGUACAGACAUUGCCCUCUUCUUCAAACUGAUAAAGCAUCCGAAGUUCAAGCUAAGCGAUCUGGCAGACUGGAAUGGGAAGCACGCGGUGGACAAGUACGCGUUUGAGAAACUGGGCGUCGAAAAGAAGAAGUACAUCACCAAGGAGGUGACCGUUGAAGGAUGGCCGACGAAGUUCAAGCACUGGCCGCACCUAUCACCGUCGGCACUUCACUCUGUCCUCUUCUCACUCUGUCCGCUUCUCACUCUGUCCGCUUCUCUCUCUGUCCGCUUCUCACUCUGUCCGCUUCUCACUCUGUCCGCUUCUCACUCUGUCCGCUUCUCACUCUGUCCGCUUCUCACUCUGUCCGCUUCUCACUCUGUCUGCUUCUCUCUUUGUCCGCUUCUCACUCUGUCCUCUUCUCACUCUGUCCGCUUCUCACUCUGUCCGCUUCUCACUCUGUCCGCUUCUCACUCUGUCCGCUUCUCACUCUGUCCGCUUCUCACUCAGUCCGCUUCUCACUCUGUCCGCUUCUCUCUCUGUCCGUCUCUCUCUCUGUCCGCUUCACACUCUGUCCGCUUCUCACUCUAUCUGCUUCUCACUCUGUCCGCUUCUCACUCAGUCCGCUUCUCACUCUGUCCGCUUCUCACUCAGUCCGCUUCUCACUCUGUCCGCUUCUCUCUCUGUCCGUUUCUCUCUCUGUCCGCUUCUCACUCUGUCCGCUUCUCACUCUGUCCGCUUCUCACUCUGUCCGCUUCUCACUCUGUCCGCUUCUCUCUCUGUCCGCUUCUCUCUCUGUCCGCUUCUCUCUCAGGCCGCUUCACUCUUUGUCCGCUCCUCUCUCUGUCCGCUCCUCUCUAUUUCCGCUUCUUUCUCUGUCCUCUUCUCUCACUUUCUGCUGCUCCAUCUGUCUGCUCCUCUCUCUGUCCGCUCCUCUCUCUGGCCGCUCCUCUCUCUGUCCGCUUCUCUCACUGUCCGCUUCUCUCUCUGGCCGCUUCUCUCUCUGUCCACUUCUUUCUCUGUCCGCUUCUCUCACUUUCCGCUGCUCCAUCUGUCUGCUCCUCUCUCUGUCCGCUCCUCUCUCUGGCCGCUUCUCUCUCUGGCCGCUUCUCUCUCUGUCCGCUUCUCUCUCUGGCCGCUCCUCUCUCUGUCCGCUUCUCUCUCUGUCCGCUUCUCUCUCUGGCCGCUCCUCUCUCUGUCCGCUUCCCUCUCUGUCUGCUCCUCUCACGGUCUGUUCCUCUCACGGUCUGA